UGGGGAGGAGUAGAUUCUGAGGCACCGAGAGCUCCAGGGAAUCAGCAAAACAACGUGUUUAAACCUUGUUACCUGACGUACAAGGUAAGGAAGAGAUGUGUUUGUCUCCUCGUCCUCCGCCCACCUCCUUUCAGUAACUAUGACGCGGACAGCUGCAGGUAAGGAAGGAGGAGGACGUGUCCAAACAUGGGUGGAGAAUGUGAGCAGGUAGACGCACCCUGGAGAGUCCCUUCAUGAUAUACAACCUGACACGAACCUGCUGCGACUCAGUCACUGUGAAUAACCACUGUAUACUGACACGAUCUCUGCAAGAAAAUACACGGCUCUGCUGUUUAUGAAGGAGAUGAGCAGCCUUCCCAUCAUGGAAACACACACAGAAACACAAAGGCCGAAUAACGGCCAGCUGAUUUUUGUGCCUCACAAGGACACAAUCCGUCUGCUGGAGGUGUACGUCAAGCGCAGCCUCAGCCUAAAUGACGGGGCACUGGGGGACAAGAAGGGCGAGAAGAAAGAAAAGUGGGUGACAUUGCGGAAAAAGCAAAGACGGCACUCCAGCGACCCUUCCCUUCACCUGGCCGAAGGAUCAGACGAUCUGGAAAUUGGUACGUUUAGUGCCAUCGAACCUCAAGCAGAUCAGCCCAAGAGCCGUCCUGAGGAGCCGGAGAAACCCGCCAAAAAGCCAAAGAAGAAUAAGAAGCCCUCGCUUUGGAAAAGUUUCCUUGGUUUAUUCUCUCGGAAGAGUAGCGAUGAAAAAGACGAAGAGCACGACAGUCCAUCGGAGAUCCCCGAGGUCUCCUCAGCUGAAGAGGACUCUGACCCUGCGAUCACCUGCCUGCCCACAACUCCAGUUGCUUCCCAAAAAAGGAAGUCCAUGAGGAGAAAAUCUCUGAAGCGAAGGUUCUCCAAAAAGCUGAUAUCUGUGACCAAACCAACUAAACCCUUUAAAGAUCUCCACCCUGCUGACAUCACCCGAGUUGAAGAUGUGGUCAGCGUGGAGUCGACGUACUCGUACUACGAGAAGAUGUCAGAGGAACUGGAAAAAAUCAUCCACGAGGUUCAAGAAAAAGAGGAAGCUGAGCCGCUCUCUGAUGAUGAAGUACUCAACAGGAUCAUUGCUUUGACAAAGGUGGAGGGCGAUGCCAUCGAUGACAAGCUGAAAGACAACCCCACCCUGAGCAACUUCUUCACGAGGAUGUCAUACUCUUCCUUCCAGAAGUUGGCCGACGCGUAUCUCGAAACAGAAGCAUCUCCGACCCACAAUCCUCCAACUGUCCUACCGACUGCACCUGAGCUGGUCAAGCUGGCUUUCACGCUCGACUUUACAGCGAGGAUAGCCGGGCUCUCCAAACAAAAGCACAGCAUAGGCCACAUCACUGGCCUGGGGAACCGUUAUCUACAAGACCGAUUUGAAUACCAACAAGCAUGUUCUGAUCAUCCAGUGUCCGACAGUGACGACUGAGAGGCAGCCACGCAAAAACAAAACUACCGCUGCAAGUGAAGCGUUGAACUUCUCUCAGCACCUCACAUGUGCUUAAGGAUGUGUUGCAAGCAUGAACUUCCUCUUUUAAGAACACAGUGGGCUACUUUACACACAUCUUAAGCAUCUAAACAACAGAUUGUUGCUGUGUUCUUUUGAUUUUUACAGUUUCGUGAUAGAAAACUUGUGUAAUUCUGCUGCAACAGGAUGUUUUCUGAAAAACGGUUGAAUGGCUCUGGUAGAUUUGAGCCUGUGGUGUUGACUGAUGUCUCACAUGAGGGAUCAACUGAGAACAUAAGCACAGUCGUACUACGUGUAGCAAUGUUUCAGUGACACUAAAAAUGUGAUGCUUUUUUUUUUUUUUACAAAUCCACCUUUAAAUCCUGUGCUUCCUGUACUUUGAUUUGUAAUGAUAGAAAAGAGACAUGCAAUGAUGUAUAUAAGCUGAACACCUAUGUGCAAUAUAUUUUUUUUAUAUUUUUAGGAUUGCAAAAUGAGCAAAACCUUAUUUAAUAGAAGCUAAAAUGUUUUAUAAUUUAUAUGUUUGUUGAUAUGAAUGCUGGCAUUCAUUUUACAUUGUCAAAUAAAAUAUAUUUAAUGCUCA